GGGAAAAGGAAACAGUGAUGCACUCUCUGUGGCGCGCUCCCGGCAGUUCAGCACUUCGGUCUUGCACUUUACCGUCCCGUCGAGUGAUCCCAAGCAGCCCGCAAGAUGACUAUCAAUACCCUGGCUAAAGGAGGCUGGCACCGGGAGCAAAUGUCAUGCUUUCGAAAGAUGGAGAAAGUGAUUGUGGCCAUGCAGGACCCUGACAUGGGCAUGAAGAUGAGAAACCAGAGACUUCUCAUCACUGUCAUUCCACACGCCAUGACAGGCCAUGACAUAAUUGCCUGGUUGAUCCAUUCAUAUAGUAUCUGUGAGGAGGAGGCACUGCACCUUAGUGGCUUGCUGGUGCGAUAUGGGUAUAUUUACCCUCUCAAGGAGCCGAGAUCUCUUGUGUUACGGCCUGAUGAGUCGCCCUACCGCUUCCAGACUCCUUACUUCUGGACGAGUACCCGGUGGCCUGCCUCAGAGCUGGAUUAUGCAAUAUAUUUGGCUAAAAAGAACAUAAGAAAACAAGGAGAACUGAUGGAAUAUGAAAAGACGAGGUACAGUCUGUUACACAAGAGGAUCAACCACACCUGGGACUUUGUGGUGAUGCAAGCCAGAGAGCAACUCAGAGCAUCCAAACAGAGGCGAAAGGCUGACCGCAUUGUUCUCGAAUGUCAGGAGCAGGCCUACUGGCUCAUCAACAGGCCCCCGCCUGGGGCGCAUAGUGUGUUGGACAUGGGUCUGGAGAGACCAAAUACCAGCGCAGGAGUUACACUGAACAGUGAGCACUACAAAAGUGAGAUUGAAACCUCUAGAAGGGCUCUUGGAAGAAACCGUGUAAAGUCAUCCAUCUGCCUAGAAAGUUUUGUGAAAUACAGCGAGCAGUAUCAGAACCACGACCCCAUUAUGCAAGGGUCCCUUCCCAGUAACCCCUGGAUCUCUGAUGACACCGCAUAUUGGACAAUGAAUUCAGAAAUGGUGCCUAUACCAACGCGUCUUCGAGUGGAACGUUGGAGCUUCAGCUUCAUGGAGCUUCUUAACGACGGCAUGGGGAGGCGGGAGUUCAUGACUUACCUGGAGAAAGAGUUCAGUGCGGAGAACCUGUGUUUCUGGCAGGCCUGUGAGGAUAUUAAGCAUGGAGAAAGCUCCAGGAUCAUAGAGAAAGUGGAAAUGAUCUACAAGAACUUCCUGGCUCCUGGAGCUGCCCGUUGGGUCAACAUCGACAGUAAGACAAUGGAUAAAACUCUAGAGGGGAUCAGAAACCCACAUCGUUUUGUCAUGGACGACGCACAAAUGCACAUCUACUUUCUCAUGAAGAAGGAUUCUUACCCAAGAUAUCUUAAGUCUGACCUAUACAAGAACAUGCUGGCCAAAGCUAUUGUCCCCCAGGAGACAAAGAAAAGUGUGUUCCCCUUCGUGAGACGCCAACGGCACUCUAACCCCUCCCCUGCUCAGGCUGUCGCUCAGGCGACAGAGGAAGACGGGCAUGCCAAGGGGGCCGGGCAAGCAGGUACCAACUCUGCAGCCGGCUCCAAUGUCUGAUGCCAGGCCAAAAAUAAUUUAUCUUUUGGCCCCCUAAGCAACCACCCAAGGAGUUCUCCUCUGUUUUUUCUUUUAAGUCAAACUGUCUGUGUGAAAGCCAAAGCUUUUCUUUCACCGCGGCAACAUUACCAGAGCUAGGAUUUCAACAUUAGAGCUUCCUCUCAGAGCACAGGUGUUAAUGCGUACCACAGCAGCAUCACAUCUUAUAUCCAGAGCACAUUGUGUACAGCAAAAUAAAACGAGCUUUUAGUGCCACUGUUACAGCCUUCACUGCUGCAUAGCCAUCCUGCAGCCACAUCCCAUCUCAGUCCAAAAGUCAGUCCUGUUGUUCCUGAUAUGGCCAAGUCUUCCUUUCUCCCUCAAUAACCUUUACAUCUAAUCUACUCUGUCUUUCAUUAGCAGGUUUAGGCAAAAAUAUUGUUCAUAGAGCAAUAGAGAUGCAAAAUAUAUAUUUGGUCAAAUCUUUGCCUCAGCAUGUGUGUGAUUAUCGUACAAUUUGCUUGUUUUGUUCAUUCCAUGCCAGAGCUUCACAUUGUCAUGGUUGUUGCUGUUAAUUUUGCUCGAGCAUGUUUUCAUCCCAAUAAAAAGUCACAACAGCACACAGUGUUGUGUUUUGCUCUCAGCUCUGCAUGCUGUGGUAAA